AUGGAUGCCGAAAAACUGCUUAGUUCAGUUUCUUCCCGCGGUGCCAUUCUAGUUGAAAGUUUCGGUUUCACAGAAACACAAGGUUCUUCAGCUCCACCUUUCACUGAUCAUCUUCUCUUCACUCCGCUCCAAAACAGAGAUUCAGAUCUCGAUUCGCCGUUACAGGUCGUCAUCUUCUUCUUCUUCUUCUCGAUCGCGUCCUGCACACACGAUGUUGCAAUGGAUGGGAGGAUCCAGGAGGAAAGUCACUGCUUCAAGGAAGUCUAUGCAGAAGAGAAGCAAUACUUUGAACAAAGGAAGCGUCAACAACAGAAUCCGCAAAUGGUUGGGUCAGAUAACUGUUUUGAUAGUCUUGGAAUAAGUGGACAAGACCUCAAGGAACAUCGGUCUCUGGACAUUCUUAAUUUGCUAAACUUGUCAAAGAAUGCUCAGCAAUGCAAUCCAUUCUGUGCGAAGGGGAGGGAUGAUGGAGAAGUCUGUAUUUCUACCAUGCCAGGCAGUGUCUCAACAAAUCAGCCAACAAUGUUUACCAAUUUGGAUACUACUACUGUAAAUUGUUGCAGAGUUGAAGAGGCAAAAGUAGAGGCACCUUUGUGCUGCCAGACUGAAACAUCACCAAAUAAGAGGGCUCCCGAUCACCAGAAUACUGCUUUCAGUGGACCCCAAAAUCACUGGAAGACUGUAACUGAUGAAUACUCGGAAUUAUCUGUUCUUGAUUUGCUUUGUGAUGACGAGUCUAAUGCCACUACAGAAAAGUUUCCAACAUGCGAAGAUCAUGUUUCUUUUUCACUUGAAGGUUUGGGUAAAGUUGGGAUAGAGACGCCAGUUCAUUCACCAGAACAUCGGGCUAGAAUUCCUUACAAAUACUCACCAUUGCAGAAGGAUGGAAGGAAAUCAAAACUAAAGAAACUUAACCAUGUGCUGGAUGACAUUGAACUUGAAGUGGAUACAAUGAUGCAAGAUAUCGAGGUUUCGCCUAUCAGUUCUUCGGACUUCCCGUUUAACAAAGUAAGGCGAAGCUCAGCAAUUGUUGGAAACGGCAAGCAUUUUUAUGACUUUCCUAACAAAAAUGGCCUUUCCGUUAGUGAAGAAUUCUUCUAUAAGACUGAAAAUAGUGAUGAAGACCUGUGGAAUGCAUGUUCCGGCUUCCUUGAUGAGAAAUUUGGCAACGAGAUGGGAUACGAUGCCUCGGGUAAGAAGGGUUUUCAAAUGGGUUCUAAAUCUCCUGAAUUAUUGAAAAGUGGGGCCUACAAAAUGGAUAAUUAUGCUUUUGAAGACCUACACCCAAAGAAAUGGUCUUCAGCUACAGCGAUGAAAGAGAUCGACAGGAGUGAGCCACUGUCUUCAUUUUCCAAAGACGAAUUAGAGAGUGAUUUUGACUUCUAUGUUGCUGGCAGAGCAAGAUUAGAUGGGAAGUUCAACACUCAAAAUUUAAUUCCAGAAGAUGUAAGGGAUAAUUCGAGCUUGCUGAGCGAAGAGUCAAGCUCAACCGCUGCCGUGAGGAGUGAGACCACUGCGCACUCACCAUCAAGAAUAUUGACAGGCGAGAACAGAAGAAAACAUAGAAAUGCUUUUGUAAGCCCUAGAAAACAUAGAAAUGCUUUUGCAAGUCCUAGAAAUAAGUGCAGUACUAAGGACGAAAAGUGCAAAAGUUUACCAAAUUCAUCAAAGCGAAUACCAUCUUAUUACCCAAACUCUAUUCUCCGGGAAGAAUUGGGUACGCGUGACUGGUGGCAGUUUGAGGAAAAAAAAAAUGCUUCGGUUGAUAACAGUUCUGUUGCCGAUCCAUUCCGCCUAGAUUUAGAGGCAGAUUUUGCAGUCUUCAGAUCCAAUAAUAGAAUUGAAGAUCCUUUUGGGGUCUUUACUACCCCUGAAUUUCGUAACAAUGCCAGUCCUUCCUUUAGUGGACUAAAAAAUGAUGCACCUCUUGCAGAUUCUCCUCCUUGCGGUUUCACCUCCGAAAAGUUUGCAUUUGAUUGUUCAACUGCAUUCCCCAAUGUUCCUUCAUGGCCAACCAGCCCAAGUUUAUCUCCGGAUUUGCCUUUCAAAGGAAAGUCUGAAGAAGCUGGUGGUUUUCAUUGUCAUACUUCAUCUACUGAUAUGUCAGUGCAGGGAAGUGUUAGCAAAGGCGAAAGACAAGUGAAACUGCAAAAAGACACACUCGAAGGAAAGUCUGAAGAAGCUGGUGGUUUUCAUUGUGAUACUUCAUCUACUGAUAUGUCAGGGCAGGGAAGUGUUAGCAAAGGCGAGAGACAAGUGAAACUGCAAAAAGACACACUAAAAAAUUUUGACCAAGAUAUUUUCAUGGGAGAUAAUGAAUUGUCCUCAGAAAAGAAUCCAACACAAGAUGGUCCAUCUUCCAAGAAUCACGCGCAAGAAUGUGAAGACACAGAGGACACAAAUCCAAAGGCAACAGAGUGUCUUGUAACAGCUGACUCUUCUGGCCAUGUCGAGGAUAUAUCAUCAUUACUGAAGAAACCUGACAAACAAGAAAGCCAAAUAGAUAAAAUAAAGAGCAAUUGUGAUGCUGAAGCUCCUCCUAAAUGUAAAAUUGCAAAUGAAGAAAAGAAAUUUUGGCUGCCCGAAGGGAGGAACACGACGAGUGGGAAACAUAAUAAUGAUAAAAUUAGGUUGUCAGGUGAGAUGAUGUUUGAAAGCUACGUUUUUCAGAUUCUGCGUGUUCAGAAGGUAUUGAAGUAGGCAUGUACAUGAAGUAAUAACGCCUUCCUUAGGCAGAGUGGUAGCAAUAAACUUCUCUCAUUAGACACAGUGAACAAACGAACAGUAACCAAUUUUUUUCCCGCGUGCAUUCUUAACAUAGAUAAUU